AUGGAUGCGAACCUUGCCGAUUGCAAAAUAGAAAAAAAGGAGAGGCCCCCCCCAGGCCGCGCCCUCAUCCACUCGUCCCCACGCCCUGCCCUAGAUCCCCUUCCCUCACCCGAACGCAGCCAUCGCCAUGGCCUCGCCGUGCGCGUGGCCACCGGCCGCCGCCCUUCGUUCGCCCGCGUCCGGGAGCUUCCUCACAGCCGCCUACGCCGACUGCGUCCACUUCCCCGAGCUCGGAGCCCCUACGUCGUCGGGAUCGACUUCGUCUUCAACCUCCGGCCGCCUCAACGCCAUCGCCGAUUUCACCACUGUCUGCCGCUCCUAAGCUGUCAACGAGCCACCCUUGAGCUCCUCGACUCCGAGACCGCUGCUGAUGCCCCUAUGAUCGGCUACGUCGACGACGACCCCCCUCCUUGCCAGAGCAACCAGAUGACGGAUCCCAUGAGCCAGACGACGCCACUGAUGACUACUACUACCCGGAGGAUGCCUACUACUACGUGAAGACCGCAGAC